ACAAGAAGGAAGAGAUACUGGGCGGGUCUGCGCGCACUGUGACCCUGUGACAUCGGAGGGAGGGGGCGGACCCGGAAGCGUUGCUAUGAGCCGGCUGUGGGCGCUGUGCAGUCUCCAGGCCCGGGUCGGGCUUGCUUCCUGCGCGCCAUUUUCAAACCGCCUGUGUGCCCGCCGCUGCCGCCGCUCUGUGCAUACUGACAGCUCUCACAUCCCGUCACCCGUCCUCCGUGUACGUCUCGGGCCAGCUGGGGACAUGAGGCCGUAAGCGUGCGCUGCAGAGCGGGGAAGGCGGCAGCAGCAGCAGUGUCCGACUCAUUCUCAGCACUGAAUCUAGAUUGUAGAAGCUGCUACAAUGAGUACUGCUGCAGAAAGGAAAUUCAUCAAACUCCGUAAGCGCCUUGACCAGCUGGGCUACAAGCAGCCGCUGGGUAUCGAGUCGUUGCCCCUUGUUGAAAAACUUUUCAGUGACCUGGUUCAUACUACAGAAAGCCUACGCAAUGCAAAGUUAAGUGCUGGCAAGCAGGAGAAGGAGAACAAGAAUGUUGAUUCUGUAAUAGAACCUUAUAAAGCAGAAAAUGCCAGGCUUGUCAGGGAAAACAAUGACCUGCACUUGGAGCUGCUAAAGAUCAAAGAAGAAUCUGAUCGCCACAUUAAAGACUUGAAGGCCUCUCUAAGAAAACUUGAACAUCAGACUGCUGAUCUGAAAUUUUUAAAUAACCAGUAUGUCCAUAAAAUCCGGUCAAUGGAAAAGGAAGCCAAAGCCAAGACUGACCGAAUUCAGCAACUGCAAGAGAAGAACCUGCAAGCUGUGGUACAAACUCCAGGUGGAAAGAAGAGAAACAUUCCCUUUAGACGGCAGCGCAUGCAGAUUGAUCAGCCUCUCCCACCAUCUGGUGUGUGCAGCCACCCUGUACCUCAGCCAGAUGAUCCUUAUGUUGCUGAUCUGCUUCAAGUUGCUGAUGACCGAAUUCAAGAGCUUCGGCUUGAUGUGACUACUCUACAGGAAAAACUGGAAGCAUCCGAGAGAGCAGCAAAACACCUUACACAUCAGGUUGAAGUGAGAGAUAAGGAGGUAGAGCGUUUGGCACUGGCCCUGGAUGGCGGGCGUUCUCAUGAUGUUAUUUCCCUUGAAGCCAGAUACAGAAGUAAUGAGAAGCUUGUCGCCCAUCUAAAUAUCCAGAUCGAAUAUCUCCAGCAAGCCAAUCAAGAUCUUGAAAAAAGAGUACAAGAGCUCCUAGAAACAAGACAAAAUGUCACGAGUGAAGUGGUUAAUCUAAGCACCAAAAAUGAGGAGCUCUGUAAAGAACUCUCUGAGAUAGACCAAAUGGCACAACAGCUGGAGCGCGACAAAGAAAUGGUACUGGAAACUGCAGAUGCUGAAAUUGAAGAAGCAAAGAGUGAAAUAAAAAGACUACACCUGGAAGUCCACAAACUUGAAUCCACCAUUUCUCAGUAUAAAACUGACCUAAGUACACGUGAAUUUGAGAAGGACAAGCUGUCUGAUGAACUUGAAUCUAGAAAAGAUGAAGGCCGCAAGUUAGAAUCUCUGUUGAGCCAUUUAGAGACUGAAAAACAGCGGCUUUCAAAUAAACUUGAAAAACAGAUGGUGACAGAAAGAGAGCUGGUGUUAGAAGUGGAGAGAAUGAGGACACAAUAUGGCAUUUUGCGCACGGAUCGCUCACCUUCUCGUCUGGACUCUUUUGUAAAAUCCCUGGAGGAGGAAAGGGACCAUUAUAGAACAGAAAUGGAGAAACUGGAGCGGACAGCUAAUCUAAAAUCCAGCUUUCAAAAUCGUUCUAGACAGGACACCAGCAAAAUGCACAGUUCCUCAGAAAAGGGUGUGGAAUACAAUUUGGAUAUUAAGCGUAUCACCAGGGAAAGGGAUGAUCUCCAGAAUAUGUUAGAUAGAUUUGAAAAACACAUGGUGGAGAUCCAGUCCAAUGUUAAAGUGCUAACAAAGGAGCGAGACAAGUAUCGUGUUCUGUUGGAGCAGGCCCAGCAUGAGCUGAUCAUGGCAAAGCGAGACUUGUCUCCUCUACGCAAGAAUGCCUCCUCAGUCAGCGAGUUCCUCCAUCUAGAGGAGAAAAGAGAUCUCAUGAAGUCUGAUUUGCAGAGAGCUCACAAUGAAAAUGAAGGGCUGAGAGACCAAAUAAAGGCUCAGCAGGAAACAUCAUCUUCGGAAAAAUUAAAGCUUUCCCAAAAAAUUACUGAGCUGGAAAGCUUGAACCACAUGCUUGAAAGAGAAUGCAGUGAAUUAAGAUUGACUAUUUCUGAGCUCAAGGAAAAAGUAACAUCUCUAGAGAAAAUCAGUCAAUCACAGUCUGUUACUUUGGCCCAGACUCUGGACGAUUCCUCACAGUAUAAAGCCGAUUUCAGUUCUUUAAGGUUAUUGAAUGAGCAGCUUCAGAAGUCAAUGGAAGAUCUCCAGCAUCGACUCACUGUAAAAUCAAAUGAGUUGCAGUUAUCACAAGAAGAAAUUGCAACACUGGAAGAAAGAAUAGGUGAAUUAAAUCACAAGGUGUCCUCACAGGCAACUGAAAUGAACAUGCUCAGAAACACCAUUUCUGUCUUGGACAAAGAAAAAGAUAAUCUGCAGGAAACGGUGGAUGAGAAGACCGAGCGUGUUGCUUGUUUAGAUGAUAACCUGGAAAACAAAGAAAAGACCAUUACAAAUUUAAGGCUUACUCUUUCUGAACUUGAUGCCACUGUUGACCAGCUGAAAGAUACCUUGAGUAAUAAAGACCGGGAGUUAUCCAGUCUUCACCGCCAACUCAAUUCUGCCCAUACUGAACUUGGCGAAAAUGUAAGAUUGAGAGAAAUUUCUCUGAAGGAGAAUAGAAGAUUGCAGGAUGAUUUGACCACCAUGACUAGAGAGAACCAGACUGUUACCCUGGAAUUAGAAACUGCAAUGCAUGAAAAAGAAGAAUUAAAACAAAGAGUUCAUAGUUACAUAUCAGAAGUUGCUAGAAUUGAAAAGUUAAUGGCUGCCAAGGAACAAGAGAAUCGUGAUCUUUUGGAUCAGUUCCGAAUGAUUCAUAGCCAAGCUGAGGAGUGGGAAGUUAAGGCACAAAACGCUGUGGGUGAGAGCAGCUCUAUAAAAAUGGAGCUACUUUCUGUGGAUACUGACAGAAGACAUCUUCGAGAGCGGCUAGAGGAUCUGGAAAAUGAAGUUCAAGAGCACAUGACAGCUCAUCAGGUUUAUGAAGAUCAGAUAUCAUCCAUGACGAAGACGCUGUCCAAACUAGAGGAGCAAAUCAAACGGGAGCAAGAUGAAAAGGCUUUCCUUCAGUCUGACCUGGCCUCAGUGAGGGAGCUGUGUGUAAAACUGGGCUCUAGCAAGGAGCAGUUCUCUAGACAUCUAUCCUCCAGAAACAUGGAGUAUGAGAGAGUUAUACAUGAUCUGGAAGAUAUGAAGUCAGAAGCUGAGCUUUUGAAGAAACAGUUGGCUAGUGAGAGACUCACAAUUAAAAACCUUGAGACAUUGCUAGCAACUAACCGUGAGAAAGAGUUCCAGAGUCAUCUCACAACCCAUGAGAAGGAUUCAGAAAUUCAGCUGCUGAAAGAUAAACUAACACUCUCAGAGAGUAAACUCAACAGUCACUCUCGAGAAGCAUCCAUGCUCCGCAACAAGCUCACCCAGUUGCAAUCUGAUUAUGAUAUCGCAAAAAGACAACUUACCACAGAGCGAUUUGAAAGGGAACGUGCAGUUCAGGAGUUGCGUCGGCAUGGUCUGUCCACAUUAUCUGUGCAUACGUCAUCGCCACUAACCUCAACAAUGAAAUCACCUUCUUUAUCUCCAGAGCGCUCCAUUCUAAGAUCGAUGGAUCGAGCUGAUAAAUCAGCUGAAAAGAGCGUGAGUUUUAAGGAAUGAUCGUGAAGACCUAGAAAUAAACACUAGAACAUUA